GAGACUGUUCCGGUUGAGGAGGUAUUUGAAACGUUAAAAUGUACGAAAGAAGGAUUGAGUAGUGAAGAAGGGAAUAAAAGGCUGAAUAUAUUUGGCCCAAACAAGUUAGAAGAGAAAAAGGAAAGUAAGCUUCUAAAAUUCUUAGGGUUCAUGUGGAAUCCUUUGUCAUGGGUCAUGGAAGCUGCUGCAAUCAUGGCUAUUGUCUUGGCCAAUGGAGGGGGAAAGCCACCAGAUUGGCAAGAUUUUGUUGGAAUCACAACAUUGCUAAUAAUCAACUCCACCAUUAGUUUCAUAGAAGAAAACAAUGCAGGAAACGCUGCGGCAGCACUAAUGGCAGGUCUUGCUCCCAAGACAAAAGUCAUAAGGGAUGGGAAAUGGGACGAGCAAGAUGCAGCCAUAUUGGUACCUGGAGACGUAAUUAGCGUCAAAUUGGGAGACAUUAUCCCUGCCGAUGCACGUCUGCUAGAAGGAGACCCCCUCAAGAUUGACCAAUCUGCAUUGACUGGAGAGUCAUUACCCGUGACUAAGAAUCCUGGUGACAGUGUUUAUUCAGGUUCAACUUGCAAACAAGGUGAGAUUGAAGCAGUUGUUAUUGCUACUGGAGUCCACACCUUCUUUGGAAAGGCUGCACACUUAGUCGAUAGCACAAAUCAAGUUGGCCAUUUCCAGAAGGUGUUGACAGCCAUUGGUAACUUCUGCAUAUGCUCGAUUGCCAUUGGUCUCAUAAUCGAAAUAGUGGUGAUGUACCCAAUUCAGAAACGAUCUUACAGACAAGGAAUCGACAAUUUACUUGUUCUACUCAUUGGAGGAAUCCCUAUUGCAAUGCCCACAGUCUUGUCGGUGACCAUGGCCAUCGGGUCCCACAAGUUGUCAGAGCAAGGUGCUAUCACCAAGAGAAUGACAGCCAUUGAAGAAAUGGCUGGAAUGGAUGUUUUGUGUAGUGACAAGACGGGUACUCUCACCCUAAAUAAACUCACAGUUGACAAAACUCUCAUUGAGGUUAUGGCGAAGGAUAUUGACAAGGAAAUGGUGAUUCUUAUGGGGGCAAGGGCUUCAAGAGUCGAGAAUCAAGAUGCAAUCGAUGCUUGUAUUGUAGGAAUGCUUCCAGAUCCUAAGGAGGCCCGAGCAGGAAUCACUGAGGUGCAUUUUCUGCCUUUCAAUCCAGUAGAGAAACGAACAGCAAUAACAUACAUUGAUCAAAGUGGAAACUGGCACAGAGUGAGCAAGGGUGCACCUGAGCAGAUUGUGGAGCUAUGCAACCUAAAGAAUGACGAAAAGAACAAAGUGUUUUCUAUCAUUGAUAAGUUUGCUGAUCGUGGUCUCCGUUCUCUGGCUGUUUGCCAACAAACUGUGCCUGAGAAAACAAAGGAGAGCCCUGGAAGCCCAUGGAUAUUUACUGGUUUAUUGCCUCUCUUUGACCCUCCAAGGCAUGACAGUGCUGAAACUAUUCGACGGGCUCUUCACCUUGGUGUCAAUGUGAAGAUGAUCACUGGUGAUCAGUUAGCCAUCGGAAAGGAAACAGGUCGGAGACUUGGUAUGGGAACCAACAUGUAUCCAUCUUCUUCACUUCUUGGUCAAAACAAAGAUUCGGCCAUCGCAGAUAUCCCAAUUGAGGAGCUAAUCGAGAAGGCUGAUGGGUUUGCUGGAGUCUUCCCUGAACAUAAAUACGAGAUUGUGAAGAAACUACAGGAAAGAAAGCACAUAUGUGGAAUGACAGGAGAUGGUGUGAAUGAUGCACCCGCACUAAAACGGGCUGACAUUGGUAUAGCCGUCGCUGAUGCCACUGAUGCGGCUCGUGGUGCAUCUGAUAUCGUGCUAACUGAGCCAGGACUCAGUGUAAUUGUUAGUGCGGUUUUGACUAGCCGAGCCAUCUUUCAAAGAAUGAAAAACUACACCAUUUAUGCUGUCUCCAUCACCAUCCGUAUAGUGCUCGGAUUCAUGCUAAUUGCUCUUAUAUGGAGAUUUGACUUCUCUCCUUUUAUGGUUUUGAUCAUUGCAAUCCUGAAUGAUGGAACAAUCAUGACCAUAUCUAAGGAUAAGGUCAAGCCUUCCCCUAUGCCAGAUUCAUGGAAGUUGAAAGAAAUCUUUGUCACUGGGGUUGUUCUUGGCACAUAUUUAGCUGUCAUGACUGUAAUUUUCUUCUGGCUAGCAAAGGAAUCCGACUUCUUUUCGGAAAAAUUUGGUGUGAAAUCGAUCAGGAAUGACGAAUAUGAGCUUAUGUCAGCUCUUUACCUCCAAGUUAGCAUUAUCAGUCAGGCACUCAUUUUUGUUACAAGAUCAAGGAGCUGGUCUUUCGUUGAACGUCCUGGUCUUUUACUCCUCACGGCCUUCUUUAUAGCUCAGCUGAUUGCUACCUUGAUCGCUGUCUAUGCAAAUUGGGAUUUUGCAAGAGUGAAUGGAAUCGGCUGGGGAUGGGCUGGUGUGAUCUGGCUUUAUAGCAUAGUUUUCUACUUCCCAUUAGAUAUCUUCAAAUUUAUCAUCCGUUAUGCCUUGAGUGGUAAGGCCUGGGACAAUAUGCUCGAGAAAAGGACUGCAUUCACCAGUAAAAAGGACUAUGGACGUGGUGAGAGGGAAGCUCAAUGGGCCUCGGACCAACGUACAUUGCAUGGUCUCCAGGCACCAAACGCAAAUGAGAUCUUAAAAGACAAGAACGACUAUAGAGAAUUGUCAGAGCUUGCAGAACAAGCAAAGAGGCGAGCCGAGGUGGCUAGGUUAAGAGAGCUUCACACUCUGAAAGGACAUGUUGAAUCAGUGGUGAAGCUCAAGGGCCUUGAUAUUGAAACUAUCCAACAGCACUACACGGUUUAAGUCAUCAAGAACAUAAAUUUUUGGAGAACACAAAAUAAGAGUUAGGAAGGCAUGAUUUUGAGAAGGUAUGUUUUCGUGAUGGAUCAUCAUGAUCGAGACACGGGAAUAAGCCAGCAGAUGA